AUGGCCGAUAGUCCCGGAGCUCAACGACGACGUAUUCUGGAGGAGGUGUUUGAUGAUAUGCCAGUGUCCUUUUUCGAGCUGCCUCCCACACUUCCUCCGCCUCCUGAUUUUUCAAAGCGCAAAGCGACUUCUCGGGUAGAGCCAAUAUAUGUCAACCAGUUGGUAAAGGAGGCAAAUUCACCGGAGGAGCGUCUUUGUUCCGAUUCUUAA